CCGCCCUUUUCGUGCGGCGCCCGGGCGCAACGCAAACAUGGCGGCGGGUGGCACCCGCCGGUGAGGCGGUACCGGGCGGGGGUUGUCGGGUGUCAUGGGCGGUGGCGACAGCACCGCCCCCGCGUCUCCCUGAGCGGGACGGCAGGGGGGCUUCUGCGGUGAGCCGGGCGAUGGACGAGAGCGGCGAGCUGGGCGGUCUGGAGACCAUGGAGACCCUCACGGAGCUGGGCGACGAGUUGACCCUGGGGGACAUCGACGAGAUGCUGCAAUUUGUCAGUAAUCAAGUGGGAGAGUUCCCUGACUUGUUUUCAGAGCAGCUGUGUAGCUCCUUUCCUGGCAGUGGUGGUGGCAGCAGCGGCAGCAGCGGCAGCAGCAGUAGCAGCAAUGGCAGGGGCAGCAGCAGCGGAGCUGUGGACCCUUCAAUGCAACGGUCAUUCACCCAGGUCCCAUUACCUUCCUUCUCUCCCUCGACGGCCUCCCCACAGGCUCCAACCCUGCAGGUCAAGGUUUCUCCCACCUCAGUUCCCACCACACCCAGGGCAACUCCUAUUCUUCAGCCCCGCCCCCAGCCCCAGCCUCAACCUCAAGCUCAGCUGCAACAACAGACGGUAAUGAUCACCCCAACAUUCAGCACCGCUCCGCAGACAAGGAUCAUCCAGCAGCCUUUGAUAUACCAGAAUGCAGCUACUAGCUUUCAAGUCCUUCAGCCUCAAGUCCAAAGCCUGGUGACAUCCUCCCAGGUACAGCCGGUCACCAUUCAGCAGCAGGUGCAGACAGUACAGGCCCAGCGGGUGCUGACACAAACAGCCAAUGGCACGCUGCAGACCCUUGCCCCGGCCACGGUGCAGACAGUUGCCGCGCCACAGGUGCAGCAGGUCCCGGUCCUGGUCCAGCCUCAGAUCAUCAAGACAGAUUCCCUUGUUUUGACCACGCUGAAGACAGAUGGCAGCCCUGUUAUGGCUGCGGUCCAGAACCCAGCCCUCACCGCCCUUACCACCCCUAUCCAGACGGCUGCCCUUCAAGUACCAACCCUGGUGGGCAGCAGUGGGACCAUUCUGACCACAAUGCCUGUAAUGAUGGGGCAAGAGAAAGUGCCCAUUAAGCAGGUACCUGGGGGAGUCAAGCAGCUUGAGCCCCCCAAAGAAGGAGAAAGGCGGACAACCCACAAUAUCAUUGAGAAACGAUAUCGCUCCUCCAUCAAUGACAAAAUCAUCGAAUUGAAAGACCUGGUCAUGGGGACAGAUGCCAAGAUGCACAAGUCUGGCGUUCUGAGGAAGGCCAUUGAUUACAUCAAAUACUUGCAGCAGGUCAAUCAUAAACUGCGCCAGGAGAACAUGGUGCUGAAGCUGGCAAAUCAAAAGAACAAGCUUCUAAAGGGCAUCGACCUAGGCAGUCUGGUGGACACUGAGGUGGACCUGAAGAUCGAGGACUUUAAUCAGAAUGUCCUUCUGAUGUCCCCCCCAGCCUCUGACUCAGGGUCCCAGGCUGGCUUCUCUCCCUACUCCAUUGACUCUGAGCCAGGAAGCCCUUUGUUGGAUGAUGCAAAGGUCAAAGAUGAGCCGGACUCUCCUCCUGUGGCACUGGGCAUGGUAGACCGCUCACGGAUUCUUCUGUGUGUCCUCACCUUCCUGUGCCUCUCCUUUAACCCUCUGACUUCCCUGCUGCAGUGGGGAGGGGCUCACGACUCUGACCAGCACCCACACUCAGGCUCUGGCCGCAGUGUCCUGUCAUUUGAGUCAGGUUCUGGGGGCUGGUUUGACUGGAUGAUGCCUACUCUUCUCUUAUGGCUGGUAAAUGGUGUGAUUGUCCUGAGCGUCUUUGUGAAGCUGCUGGUCCAUGGGGAGCCGGUGAUCCGGCCACACUCCCGCUCCUCGGUCACCUUCUGGAGGCACCGGAAACAGGCAGACCUGGAUCUCGCCAGAGGAGAUUUUGCAGCUGCUGCCGCCAACCUACAAACCUGCCUGGCAGUUUUGGGCCGGGCACUGCCCACCUCCCGCCUGGACCUGGCCUGCAGCCUCUCCUGGAACGUGAUCCGCUACAGCCUGCAGAAGCUACGCCUGGUGCGCUGGCUGCUCAAGAAAGUCUUCCAGUGCCGGCGGGCCACGCCAGCCACUGAGGCAGGCUUUGAAGAUGAAGCUAAGACCAGCGCCCGGGAUGCGGCUCUGGCCUAUCACCGGCUGCAUCAGCUGCACAUCACAGGGAAGCUUCCUGCAGGAUCUGCCUGUUCUGAUGUACACAUGGCAUUGUGUGCCGUAAACCUGGCUGAAUGUGCAGAGGAGAAAAUCCCACCGAACACACUGGUUGAGAUCCAUCUGACUGCUGCCAUGGGGCUCAAGACCCGGUGUGGAGGCAAGCUGGGCUUCCUGGCCAGCUACUUCCUCAGCCGAGCCCAGAGCUUGUGUGGCCCUGAGCACAGCGCUGUUCCUGACUCCCUGCGCUGGCUCUGCCACCCCCUGGGCCAGAAGUUUUUCAUGGAGCGGAGCUGGUCUGUGAAGUCAACUGCCAAGGAGAGUCUAUACUGUGCCCAGAGGAACCCAGCCGACCCCAUUGCACAGGUCCACCAGGCCUUCUGCAAGAACCUGCUGGAGCGAGCAAUAGAGUCCUUGGUGAAACCUCAGGCCAAAAAGAAGGCUGGAGACCAGGAAGAAGAGAGCUGUGAAUUCUCCAGUGCUCUGGAGUACCUGAAAUUACUUCAUUCUUUUGUGGACUCUGUGGGGAUUGUGAGCCCCCCACUCUCCAGCAGCUCCGUGCUCAAAUCCGCCCUGGGUCCAGACAUCAUCUGUCGGUGGUGGACGUCUGCAAUCACUGUGGCCAUCAGCUGGCUCCAGGGAGACGACGCAGCUGUACGCUCUCAUUUUACCAAAGUAGAACGCAUCCCCAAGGCCCUGGAAGUGACAGAGAGCCCCCUGGUGAAGGCCGUCUUCCAUGCCUGCAGAGCCAUGCAUGCUUCACUCCCUGGGAAAGCAGAUGGGCAGCAGAGUUCCUUCUGCCAUUGCGAGAGGGCCAGCGGCCACCUAUGGAGCAGCCUCAACGUCAGCGGGGCCACCUCUGACCCUGCCCUCAACCACGUGGUCCAGCUGCUCACCUGUGACCUGCUACUGUCGCUACGGACAACGCUCUGGCAAAAGCAGGCCAGUGCCAGCCAGGCUGUGGGGGAGACCUACCACGCAUCAGGCGCUGAACUGGCGGGCUUCCAGCGGGACCUGGGCAGCCUGCGCAGGCUGGCACACAGCUUCCGCCCAGCGUACCGCAAGGUGUUCCUGCAUGAAGCGACCGUGCGCCUGAUGGCAGGAGCCAGCCCCACCCGCACCCACCAGCUGCUGGAACACAGCCUGCGGCGGCGCACCACACAGAGCGCCAAGCACGGAGAGGUGGAUGCCUGGCCUGGCCAGCGAGAGCGGGCCACCGCCAUCCUGCUGGCCUGCCGCCACCUGCCCCUCUCCUUCCUCUCCUCCCCGGGCCAGCGGGCAGUGCUACUGGCCGAGGCUGCCCGCACCCUGGAGAAGGUGGGUGACCGGCGCUCCUGCAACGACUGCCAGCAGAUGAUUGUCAAGCUGGGUGGUGGCACUGCCAUUGCCGCCUCCUGACCACCACGCUCAGCCCACCCCUCCACUUCUCUCUCGGUUCCUCUCUCCCCCAGCAUCCUCCCGCUGAGAGUGGUGGGGAGGAGCCUUGUCAUCUUAGCUGUCACCUGCCGAGGCUUCUGGGCCACCUUAGGCCAGUGGGCCCCUGGGCAGAGCCCCUUAAAGCUGCUGUCACUAGAUGCUCAUGGUCCAGGGCCUGGUGGGCAUAAGAGGAAAGGUAGCAGGGCAGAAACUGGGCAACUCUGACUUGAUAGCAGCAGGGGGAGCUCCCAAGCUGCCAAGCCCCUGCCUCCAGCCUUCCUGAGUUUCUCCCUCCUGAACCCUACUCUCCCCUUUUUGCUUCCUCGGAUUGUAUCAGGCUUCCCUGGGGGACAGCAGUCUCUGAGCGCCAGGGAGCAGUUGCCCUCAGGCCUGCGCCCGGCAUGCCCUCCCCCUUUUUAUACAAAUGUUUUUUACCAGUGUGCUUGGGUUUGCCAUGAUGCGAGGCUGAGUUGCUGUAGCGUCUUGAUUCUCUCCCUGGGUCUGCAUUCCCUCCCCUGUGGCUGGCCGAGCCUGCUCAUUGUUUUUCCCUUUAUUACACAGGCCAGCCAGGAGAGGAGGGGCCCAGCCCUGGGAGGCUGGUGGGAGGCAGGGGAUAGGCCUGCGGAUGAAUGAAAUAAUGUCAGCAUUAUUUUUUAAUUUUUUUAAAAAAUAAAUGGUAUCUUAUUUAAUUGUCCUGUUCCUUCCCACUCCCCGCCUCCUAGGAUGUCAGCCCAAGCUCAAGGUGGGCCCAGGAAGUUGGGAGAAAUGAAGCCGCCCAUUGGGACUGGGGACCAGGUGCCUUCAGCAUGGCUUCUAGGUUCCCUCCUCCCCUACCCCAGCUCCCACCUCCACAGUACAGACUGUCCCCAACUUAACAAUGGUUCAACCAUGUUUCAACUUUACAGUUGGUCUGUUGGGGUAUUAAAUGAAUUUUUUACUUAUAUUUUCAUUUAUGAUGAGUUUAUCAGGAAGUAACCCCAUGGUAAGUUGAGGCAUAUCUGUAUAUUUUUAUCCCUAAUUCUUGACCCGAAAAUAAACCAGGGCGGCAAGGACCAACCCCUAAUCCCUCUCCAGCGGCAAGCCCUUCUUUUCAGAGUGGGCAGAGGGUUGCCUAUGGUGGGCUAGGAAUGAGGUCCCUUGCCCUGAUGUGUGUCCUAGGAGAAAAAGUCCUACUUUUCUGGACCCGCUGGUGCAGCACCUCCCAGAGACUGUUUCUCCCAGGGCCUCCUGAGUGACAGGGGUCCUGCCUCUCUGUGCCUCAUCCUCAGGCUGGUUGGAGCAGAGGGUGGGCAGGAGCCCCAGCACAGACGGAGGGGUGCUCACAACAGGGCCACCUCGAUGCAGGCUGGAAUGUUGUCCCUGGGGUGUGCUUGGACCCCACCUGCUUGCUUUUUCUCCUGCCCGCUUUCUCUCCUGCCCCUCCCCUACUCUCACUGUAAUUUAUGGACCCUGCCCACCUGCGUGUCGUGUGUAUGUCCUGUGCCUUUUCUCACUAUUGUUUGGGGGUGGGAGAGGGUGGUUUUUCACUGAAAAGGGGGAUACACCUAUGGCUUCUUUGAUGUUCAAUCAGUCACCGUGUCCCAGACAUAGGUUAUUCAAUAAACACAGAUUGGUACCACCCAGCA